GGCUGGGGGCGUGAGGUCAUCGUGAGGCCCCUGUCGCUCAGCGCUGCGAUUUCGAAUUCCGCCGUGGGAUUCGAUGGAGGAGUUCCACCGCCAACCAGCCGCUUCCGCAAUGGGUCCCCUACCGCCGACUCACUCCCACGUAUAUAACCGAGCAACAUGGACCACCAGCCGUCGCUCCUCACUCAGCCCGUCGUCCUUUCCUCGCCAUUCCCACAGUUCCCCAAAUAAACUCGCAACCGUGUCGUCGCCCAAAGCAGCCUCCCGCGUUGUCGUAAGUGCAUCCCGACGCAACCCCACAACCACCGCUCGCGAUAUCCUGCGUCGAAGGCCCAGCCUCCCACUCCGCUCAGCUCUUCCCAAAGGCGCAGACCCACGCAUAGCAGAAAACCCCUCCACAGCCCCUCCACCCACCCGCGUCCCAUUCUUCAGUCCGCAACGUCUAGGCUUCCUCCGACGACGACUUUCACGGCGUUUGAAAAUGGCAGACGUCCCGUUCGUCCAACCGGCCGCUGCGGAGACCUCGCGCAACUGGUCGCUGUUCACAUGGACCCCGACCUCAGUGACGCUAGCGCAGGCCGCGGAGAACAGGCUGUUGUCGCGGUUCCAGUACUUUAAGCCGACGGUGCCGGGGGCCGGCGCGGCGUCACCUGCAGAAGCAACUGCAGCGUCAGCGGAAUCGCAUUCAGUAAAGAAUGCAGGCGAUACAGGGUCGUUCCCGGACGUCGCAUCAGCAGAGCAUCACUCUCCCGCCUCAUCAUCGCCAAAUCACCACGAGCGUGUCAUCGCUCGGGUCGGGUUAGUAGCGCUAGACCAGCCGGGGCAGAUGAUCAACACGUUUGUGAUUGAUCGGACGGAUGAGUCGUUGAAGGAAACCUCUCGGCCUGGUAUUCUGCGGAGGGAGAUGAGCCAUGGGUCUGGGAAUGAGGAGAUGGUGCAUCUGGAGCAGGAUGUUGCGCCCGUUGAGGAGGUAGGACGGACGGGGCCGAAGAAGAAGGUGUUGGUUAUGGCGCAUGGGUAUGGUGCGGGGUUGGGGUUCUUCUACAGGAACUUCGCAGGUCUAAGCCAAGUCCCCGGCUGGCGCAUCUACGCCAUCGACUGGCUCGGGAUGGCCAACAGCUCCCGCCCGCCCUUCCCCAAACUCCCCCGCAACGCAACCGACGAGCAAAUCGUUGCCGACGCCGAAACCUUCUUCAUCGACUCCCUCGAGCAAUGGCGCAAAGCCAACUCCAUUGACCAGAUGACGCUCAUGGGUCAUUCGUUAGGUGGAUACCUGUCCACGGCGUAUGCGCUGAAGUACCCGCAGUAUGUGGAGAAGCUGAUACUGGUCUCGCCGGCGGGAGUGGGGCAGCGGCCGGAGGUGGAUAUUCGCUCAAGGAGAGGGUUGUUGCCGAAGCUGUUCACGGCGAUGUGGACGUGGAACCUUACCCCUAUGACGGUCAUCCGGAGCGCUGGGCCGUGGGGACCCGGUCUCGUCAAGGGUUACACCGACAGGAGGUUCUCCUACCUAGACGAAACAGACGCAAAAGAUUUCCGCGACUACAUCUUCCACAUCUCCGCGCAACCCGGCAGCGGCGAAUUCGCCCUCUCCCGCCUCCUCCUCCCCGGCGCUUACGCACGUAUACCCCUGCACGACCGGCUGGCCAAGCUCAAGAUGCCUACCGUGUUCUUAUACGGGUCACACGACUGGAUGGACUACCGCUUUGCCGUUGCCGCCGCGGAACACAUGAAGGUGCCCACGCGUAUCGCGCGCAUCGCUGGCGCGGGGCACCAUUUGUACCUUGAUAACGCUGUUGGGUUCAAUAACGCGAUGAUUGCGGAGAUGAGGGGGAGGAAGAAGGGGGUGAGGGUGCCGGAUGUAGAGUAUGUUUUGGAACAGUGAGGUGUGGUGGUAGAGGACCGGUUGACUCGACUUUGUGUAUGGCUUUCUGAGCCCUUCCGAUAGAUCGGCACCCUAGCUUAGAGCACGGCUUCACGUUCGGGACACGUUUCCCAGCUUUUGGAUAUAUAUAUACCAUUUUCCGCUCCAAAUCUGUCUUUCGUCUUGCAUUAUGUAUUACAAGGUCGUGCAAUAAUCAAGUUAUCAUGUUACAUACCCUCCUCUGAGAUGCCGUCCCCGGCACCUCUCGAAUCACCCUUCAGACCGACUAGAAGCCCCA